AUGUCUCUCGCUCUCGACGCAUUCGGAAGCCUCCUUGGGCUCAUGAGUCGCUGCCUCACAAGAUUCUUCGGAACAAUGGGCUACUACUCAAGAAGACCCACGAAGCCGGAUCUGCCGUUUGGGAGUCUGUCGUUUGUCAUUGUUGGAGCAGGAAUUGCCGGGCUCACAGCUGCUUUGGCCCUCAAGAAGAAGGGGCACCAUGUCGUCGUCGUUGAAAAGUCCAAGUUUGCGACUGAGCAAGGAGCAGCCCUCACGUUGUCUCCGAAUUGUUCUGUGCUCUUGAACUGGCUCGAUCUUCUGCCGGAGAGCUGUGGGUCAGAUUUGGUUCAUCAUAUGAUCCGUCACGACCAGGGUGGCAACUUGUUGUUCCACGCAGAUCUGUCGAAUAAACGCAAAGGUUGGAUAGCUGAAUGGUACUAUGUCCAACGCCAUGCAUUUCACAAUUUCCUGAAGGAGAGAGCACUGCAGGAGGAGAUAGUACUACAUACGGCGUGCAAGAUAUCCAAGAUCGAUGUGAAUGAAGCAAGAGUCACUUUGGAGGAUGGCCGCCGGUUUCACGGUGAUGUUCUGCUUGGCGCCGACGGCGUUCAUUCUAUAACACGAGGGGAAGUCUCCCCAGGAGCAAAACCUAAACCAGCAGGUUUCAGUGCAUUUCGAUGGCUGAUGCCAAUAGAAAAGGUUGCUGCAAUCUUGAGCGACAAAGGACCUGUGCAUAUUGUACAAAACCCUGGUUGCAUGCUACAGUGGGAUGAUACGGACCGGAGGCUCCUGGCUUAUCCGUGCUCCAACAACACAAUCUACAACAUGCUAGCAUAUGUGCCCAGCAGUGCAGUUGGGGUGAUUGAGGAGGGCACCUGGAACAGCAAUGGCAGUAAGGACAACCUGAUGCAAGCUUUCUCGAAGUUCUCGCCAGAAGUACAGCAGCUCGUCGGCGAGGCAGAUGAAAGCUUGAGAGUCUUCGCUCUAUCCGAUCUUGACCCUCUACCAUCAUGGGUGAGGGGGAGGACCACUCUUCUGGGAGAUGCUGCACAUAUUGUACAGCCAUAUGUGGGCCAAGGAGCCUCCAUGGCCGUCGAAGAUGCCCUCUCGCUCGCUACGAUGUUUCCCCUCGGCACAAGGCCAGAAGAAGUCAAUGCACGCCUGCGGCUCUACGAGAAGGCGAGAAUGAGCCGAACGAAGAUGGUGUAUGACUGGUCCCUGAAGAACAGUCCCGGAUCCGUGCCGUUAGCCUCCGAGGGCUCGUGGUGGUUCUCAAAUGCCGUGACGAAACUCAACAGUUGGAGGGUCUUGGCUCUGACCGCGAUGUUCAUGCAGCAGACAUUCGGACAUAACGAGAUCGAUAAUUCCGAGAAGCUACUGCAGCAGUCUUUGGCUCGGCGACCAAGCUUGGAUGCGGACACUGGGAGGAGAAGAUCGAGCAUUUGGUCUUUUGUGCUUGGUGAUGGUCAGGCGGGAACGAUAUCAUCGCAGUGA